AAUCACUCUGCUUUUCUUUCAAAAUUCCUAGGAAACAACAAAUCAACAACCUUAGUAACAUCAAAAAGUACACAGACAAAAAAGAAGACAAAGAUUGUCUCUAAUUGGAGGGGUUAUUUGCUUCCCCUCCAAAAUUCGUCACCAAUAUUUUGCAUUGGUGACGAAUUAAAAAGAAGCAAAUUUCCCUUCUAAGCCCAAUUUACCAUUUUUUUGCCAUAUUUUUCAUUUUUGAUUUCCCCAUAAAUUAUUGCAAUGGAGGAUUCUAUGUAUGGCAGUAGUGACGAGGAAUACUAUAAUGGAGCGUACGAUGAUGAUGACAACGACAAUGAAUAUGAUCGUGACCCUGAACCUGAAUAUGAUAGUGACGUGUCCAGUGGCAAAGCUCCUUCUUGCAGGGUAAUCAGGAAAGAGUCCCUUUUAGCAGCACAGAAAGAAGAUUUGCAGAGAGUGGUGGACUUGCUUUCUCUUAAGGAACAUCAUGCGCGGACGUUGCUUAUUCAUUAUCAAUGGGAUGUUGAUAAGGUAUUUGCAGUAUUUGUUGAAAGAGGGAAAGAAAAAUUGUACGCAGAAGCUGGUGUAUCACUUGAAGAAAAAGAUGAUCAGCAUCCUGCCUCUGAGCCCUCAACUGAAAUAACAUGUGAAAUCUGCUUUGAUGAUUUCCCUGCUGAGGAAACGACGAUGAUGGAUUGCAAUCAUAGGUUUUGCAAUGAUUGUUGGACGGAGUAUUUCAUCGUAAAGAUAAAUGAUGGGAAGAGUAGACGCAUAACAUGCAUGACUCAAAAGUGCAAAGCAAUCUGCGAUGAAGGAAAGAUUAGGGAUCUAGUCACUGCAAAGGAUCCUAAUUUGGCGGAGAAGUUUGAUCGUUUUAUCCUAGAAUCAUAUAUUGAGGAUAAUAAGAGGGUUAAAUGGUGCCCUAGUGUUCCUCAUUGUGGAAAUGCAAUUCGUGUUGAGGAUGACGAGUACUGUGAAGUUGAAUGUGCAUGUGGUAAACAAUUCUGUUUUAAUUGCUUGUGUGAACUGCACUCACCCUGUUCAUGUGUGAUGUGGGACCUUUGGCUUAAGAAGUGCGACGAUGAAGCACCAACCGUCACUUGGAUGUCAGAGAAAACCAAGCACUGCCCAAAAUGUCAUAAAAUUGUGGAAAAGGAUGGUGGAUGCAACCUUGUACAGUGUAUAUGUGGUCAGCCAUUUUGUUGGCUCUGUGGUGAAGCUACUGGACUAGAACAUUCAUGGACUAGUAUACAAGGUCACACUUGUGGCAGAUACAAAGAAAGCCAUUUGAAAAGUGCAGAUACCGUAGAGGACUAUUGGCGCCUUACUCACUAUUAUCGUCGCUAUAAGGCUCAUAUUGAUUCAUUGAAGAUUGAAGCAUCUGAAUCAAAGCCAAAAAUACUUGAUAAAGUCCGUAGCCUUGAAGCAAAGGAAUUGCAGUUAAAAGAUUUCAGCUGGGCAAUGAGUGGAUUUGAUAGACUCUCCCUAUCAAGGCGAGCUGUCGCAUGUUCCUAUCCAUUUGCAUACUACUAUUUUGGUGAUCUGUUCGCGAAUGAAAUCACAAAAGAGGAAAGGGAAAUAAAGCAAAACCUUUUUGAGGAUCAGCAGCAGCAACUUGAAACAAAUAUUGAAAGACUUUCAAUGUUUUUAGAAGAGCCAUUUGCAAAUUAUCCUGAAGAUAAGCUUAUGGAGACAAGAAUGAAGAUCAUUACUCUCUCCACAGUAACCGAUGAUCUCUGCAAAAAGUUGUAUGAGUGCGUUGACAACGAUUUGCUGGUUCCUCUACAGCAAGCAACUCAUACGAUAGCUCGUUAUAGAUCCAAGGGUGUGGAGAAAGCAUCAGAACUUCCUAAUUGACAUUCUACGGCUUACUAUACGUGCAGAUAUAUAUAUACUCUUAAAUGUAUAUUUAGCUAUAGAGAGCGCUCUGAAAGUCUUAUUUUUGUGAGAAAUGUUCCGGUUGAAGGCUUCCAACAUCAACGUGCUGUAGUUGCUAAGAAGAGGUCCAGGAUCCUGUCUUUUGUUCGUAGUAUAAUGUACAUUAACAUGUCACAGGGCAAGCAAUUGUAUUUUUGAAUAGCUAGUAGUUAGUGUAUCCGAGCAUAUUUUUUUUGUGUGUUUAGAGGGCCAAUGAUUUGCUAUUGCAAGAUCCACUUUGUAAAAUGGUUGCUGAUUACCUAUUUAUAACUUAGCCAGUACAUUUUGAAUUGCA